AUGGCGUUUGUUCUGACCAGGUUGCUGAUUUUGGUCGCCUUUGUCGUGAUAUCUCACGAAGAAUUCGUCAAAUUAGGACCGAUUAUAGAAUACGAGAAUUGUGGUCCGCCAUUCAACGUGACCCUGUCUCCUAACCCACCCAAACUCAGACAGGCCGUGAACGUCACCUUCGAAAUUGUGGCUGCUUAUGACUUAAUCGCUGGGGUUGUCGAAGCUUACUUCAACGUUUGGCCGUAUCACUACAAAGAUGAUUACUGUGCUGACGGCAAGACCACUGAUCCUAAAGGCUGCUAUAUCAGCAAGGGAGAAAAGAGAGUCAUUUCUCGGACACUUUGGAUGGACGACAACGUAGAGGAGGUAAGGCAUUUUUACACACAUCCUCUGAUAAAUUAUGUCUGUUUAUAUGAAUUUUUGAUAUUUUUCUUCUUCAAAUUCUGAGUGGGGGUUGGGGGUUGUGCACUAAAAGGAGAAG